GACCUCUUCCUCCCCUUCCAUCCAUCCCUGCCUCUCCCCCGCUUUCUUUGCCCUUCACUCCCACCCUCCCUCUUUCCUCCCCCCACCCUGGGCUCCGGUUUGGCCUUCCUCUCCCUCCCCCCGUCCUUUUCCUCUCCCUCCUCCCUCCCUUUUCUGUUUCCUUCCCAUUCGUCCUGCUUUGCCUUUGCCCUUCCUCCUUCCGCGCCUCUCCUUCCUCCCCCCGCACCUUGCCCUUCAUUUCGCUUCCUCCCCACCCUCCUGCUUGGCCAGCCCUUCCUUCUUCCUUCCUCGACCCCCCCUCGCUCCAGCCUCAGCCCCUCCCCGGGGCCUCUGGGCUCCUCCUCCUCCUCCUGAGCUGCUGCCGCUGCCGCCGCCGCCGCAGCAGCUGAGCUAGGCUAGGCGCGCGGGGACUGGCGUCUGGGCUGCUGCUGCUGCUGCCGCCGCCGCUGCUGCUGCGCCCGGGCGUCCAGCAUGCGUCCAGGCAGCGGCGACGGGGUGGCGGGCACUGCAGCAGGGGCGGGCGGCUCGCGGGGCUCGGAGGACGGGUCGUCGGAGGCUUCGGCGUCGGCGGGCUCGCUGCAGCCGGGGCUGCGUCGGGGCUGCAGCAUGGGCGGCCGGGCCGGCAAAGGGGGCUCGCCCAACGGCGAGUGCCGGCGCGGGGACGCCGCAGGCCAGGAGCCGCAGUCUCAGCAGCAGCCGCCGCCGCCCAAGGUCUCCUUCUCCUGCAGCGCCGAGGAUGGCAGCGGCGGCGGCGGCGGCGGCUCCCCGAAGGCGGCCGAGGAAGGCGAGGGGGCCCCGGGCGGCGGCGGCGGUGAGGAGGCGUGCGGCAGCCAGGCCAGCUUCAUGCAGCGCCAGUUCAGCUCCAUGCUCCAGCCGGGCGUCAACAAGUUCUCGCUGCGGAUGUUCGGCUCGCAGAAGGCGGUGGAGCGCGAGCAGGAGCGCGUCAAGUCGGCCGGCGCCUGGAUCAUCCACCCCUACAGCGACUUCAGGUUCUACUGGGACUUCACCAUGCUCCUCUUCAUGGUAGGCAAUCUGAUCAUCAUUCCUGUCGGCAUCACCUUCUUCAAAGACGAGACCACUGCGCCCUGGAUCGUUUUCAACGUGGUGUCCGACACCUUCUUCCUCAUGGAUCUGGUGAUGAACUUCCGGACGGGCAUCAUCAUUGAGGACAACACGGACAUCAUCCUGGAUCCCGAGCGGAUCAAGAAGAAGUACCUCAAGACUUGGUUUGUGGUGGACUUUGUCUCUUCCAUCCCUGUGGAUUAUAUCUUCCUCAUUGUGGAGAAAGGCAUCGAUUCGGAGGUCUACAAGACCGCCCGGGCUUUGCGCAUCGUCCGAUUCACCAAGAUCCUGAGUCUCCUGCGGUUGCUUCGCCUCUCCCGACUCAUCCGCUACAUCCAUCAGUGGGAGGAGAUCUUCCACAUGACCUACGACCUGGCGAGUGCCGUGAUGCGGAUCAUUAACCUCAUUGGCAUGAUGCUUCUCCUGUGUCACUGGGACGGCUGCCUCCAGUUCCUCGUGCCGAUGCUCCAGGAUUUCCCGAGCGACUGCUGGGUCUCCAUAAAUGGCAUGGUGAAUGACUCCUGGAGUGAGCUCUAUUCCUUCGCCCUCUUCAAGUCCAUGAGUCACAUGCUGUGCAUCGGGUAUGGGCGCCAGGCACCUGAGAGCAUGACGGACAUCUGGUUGACCAUGCUGAGCAUGAUCGUAGGGGCCACCUGCUAUGCCAUGUUCAUCGGGCACGCCACGGCCCUCAUCCAGUCUCUGGAUUCCUCCCGGCGCCAAUAUCAGGAGAAGUACAAACAAGUGGAGCAGUACAUGUCCUUUCACAAGCUGCCUGCCGACUUCAGACAGAAAAUCCAUGACUAUUAUGAACACCGUUACCAGGGCAAGAUGUUCGAUGAAGACAGCAUCCUGGAGGAGCUCAACGAACCCCUGCGAGAGGAGAUCGUCAACUUCAACUGCCGCAAGCUGGUGGCCUCCAUGCCUCUCUUCGCCAACGCCGACCCCAACUUCGUCACCGCCAUGCUCACCAAGCUGAAAUUCGAGGUCUUCCAGCCGGGCGACUACAUCAUCCGGGAAGGCACCAUUGGCAAGAAGAUGUACUUCAUCCAGCACGGAGUCGUCAGCGUCCUCACCAAGGGGAACAAGGAGAUGAAGCUCUCGGACGGCUCCUACUUCGGAGAGAUUUGCCUGCUGACAAGGGGCCGACGAACCGCCAGUGUUCGAGCAGACACCUACUGUCGUCUGUAUUCCCUCUCUGUGGACAACUUCAAUGAGGUCCUGGAGGAAUACCCCAUGAUGAGGCGGGCUUUUGAAACUGUCGCCAUCGAUCGUCUGGACCGCAUAGGCAAGAAGAACUCCAUCCUGCUGCACAAAGUCCAGCACGACCUCAACUCGGGCGUCUUCAACAACCAGGAGAACGAGAUCAUCCAGGAGAUCGUCAAGUACGACCGGGAGAUGGUCCAGCAGGCCGAGCUGCGCCAGCACGCCCCGCUCUACGCCCCGGCCGCCCAGCCCCAGGUCACCUCCGCCAUCGCCACCCUCCAGCAGGCGGUGGCCAUGAGCUUCUGCCCGCAGAUGGCCAGCCCCCUGGUGGGCGGCGUGGGCCUGGGCUCCCCCCGGAUGGUGCGCCGCCUCCAGUACCAGGGGGGCGUCCCGGGCCCCUUCGCCAUCUCCCCGGCCCUGCUGCAGCAGCAGCACCACCACCAGCAGCAGCAGCAGCUGAGCGUGCAGCAGCAAGCCGGCCCGCCACUGCAGCAUUCCGUCCAGCAGCAGCAGCCGCCGCCGCCGCGCACCACCCCGCCGCGGAACCCCACGCCGCCGCCACCACCGCAGCACCCGCCCCCAGCUGCCCAGCCGCCCCCGGCUCCCUCCGCCGGCCCCUACCCCUCGGUGGUGUCCAGCCCGCCCUCCCAAAGUCCCCACGCCACCCGGACGUUCCCCUACGGGGGCGCCAAGGGCCAGUCGGGCUCCCAGCUCUCGCUGACUCAGCCCAAGCCGCCCGCCUCGCCCCAGCGGCUGGCGGCCCACAAGAGCGCCCAGGCCCUCCACACCAGCAGCCUGAGCGAAGAGUCGCGGCCGCUGUCGGCCUCCCAGCCCUCCCUGCCGCACGGCGUCUCGCAGACCAUGAGCCAGAGCCCCCCCUCUUCGGCGCACGAGUCCACCUCCUCGAUCGCCGCGGCGGCGGGGCAGGCCGCGUCCUCGCCGUCCCCCUCGCUGCAGAGUUCCGGCAGCGCCACGCAAGCGGCGCCGCGGGCCGCCGCCCCGCCACCGCCCCGCGUGGGCCUGCCCCACCAGAUGUCCACGGCCGCCGUCUACCCGGGGGCCCCCGGCGGCAUCCCGCAGGACUCGGGCAGUGCCCGCAAGGAUUCCAUAGCGAGCGCCCCCGAGACGGACUCAGCGAAAUCGCGGCUUCCUUCCAACUUGUGACCUUUGACCUGAGCGGCAGGGGAGGCUGUGGGCUGGCGCCGAUCGCCCUCGUGCGCCGCGCGGUGCCGUGCAAACCCAUUGUGGCUCUGUUUUUCUCAUGCUCAGAUUCCUUGCUCUGCCAAACCGGUGGCGGGAGGGGUUGCUCUGGAUCCCCGUGGCCGUCUGCCGCUAAGCCAGGUGGGACCCCGGGGGGCGGCGGGGGGGAGGUUGAAUCCUCCUUCGGGACAGUCGAGGGUACCGUACGUGGGACUCUCCGUCCUUCUCGCAGCCGGGAGGACGGAGGCGUCUGUUCCGCCGGGGGGUGAGGGGUUAUGUGUGUACCCUGGGAGGGGAGCUGCCUGUACCGCGUAGCUUCUGACCAAAGUUUUGGCUCCAGUCUCCCGUGGCCCAUCUCCAUCCCACCUUGCCCUCCUCCUCCAACCGUACCACCGAAAGCCAUAUCUAGAUUUCCGCGCAAUUUAUUCCAACGUGUGUAAAAUAUAUACAUAUAUACAUAUCUUUACAAGGGGGGGAGAUAUAUAUAUAUAUAGAAAUAUAUAUAUGUUCAAAUGCGUGUGCAGCGCCUUAUAUGCUGUGCUGAACCCUCAAGGAAGGGCACUUUUUCAGGGAAGUGGGGUGAUGGAGCAGUCCGGGAAGGGAUGACCAGUUCUGCUUGCUAUUUCUCUGCCCUGCUUGAUCUGUGAAGACUAGGCUUCUGUCUCUGCAUUCCCUGUAGAGGGUAUAUUUGGGGGCGGAUAAUUCACUUGGGAGGGCAUCACUUAGGGGAGAGGGGGGUGUCUCUUUUCUUAUGUUGUCUCCCUAGAGCCUUGCUUCAUCUUUUUUUUUUCUUGCUCCCACUCCCCUCCAGUGCCUUCCAUCAUACAGCCUAUCAGUAGUAUUAGGUAACAUAUGGAACUCACUGCUACAAGAUGUGGUGAUUGCCACUAGCCCAAGAUUUGAUUUUUCUAUUUCUCAGAUAAUCCUCUCGAUAUUUUACAGGCAAAUAUUGAGAGGAUAGUUCUAUUAGUGACUUUUGUGUUUGUUUAUUUUACAUGUACCUCUGUAUCCUUAAAUAUAGACCCUAAAGGCUGCAAGAUGAGGCCUUGGCCACGGAGUGGCUCUCAAAAGGGUUUUGACGCAUUUGUAGAAGUUUAGGCCAAUCAGUGGAGAUUAGUCACUUGCCAUGGAACCUCUGUGUCCAGAGGCAGUCUACCCUUGAGCUAAAGGCAAACCGGGGAAAGCUGUUAUCUUUGCGUGUGAGUUUCCCGGCAGCACUGUGGGACACUGGAUUAGAUGAAACUUUGGUCCAGUCCAGCAGGGCCUCUUCUGGCAGUCUCGAUGCUCAUGGAAGUUUGGGCUGCUUAGCCACACUAAUGGAGCCUCCCUGUUCAGAGUCAGUCUACCUCUGAGUGCCAGAUUUUUCAGAGUAACAGCCCUUGCAUUCAUGCCCUGCUUGUCGGCAUCCCAGGGACUUCUGUUCCAGAAAGGCAGUUCAUAGGGUCUUCUGUACCUCUGUCAACUCCGCCUCAUCGCACACCGCCUUGUGCCUGCCCCAGUUCCCCUCUGAUCCUAUCCCUCCAAAUAUCCUCUUACUGCUUUUUCACCACCACCACCACCCUGAUAUUCCUGGAGUAUCAGUUUUGCAGUAUCCAUAUUGCAGCACCUGGAUAUUCCAAGAGACAGUUUUGCAGUAUGGAAUCCGAACUCGAGUCUUUCAAAGAUGAGAUGUUGACAUGGGCCUUAGAGGCCUUGAUUCUCACUGUGGCUUUUGGCGUGAUUCUUUAAAGCAGGGGUCCAGGGAGUUGGACUUCCGUGACAUCCUUUGAGCCUACCCAGAAAAUUGGCAGUGUUUUGAAUUUUUUGUUUGUUUGUUGCAAACUUUGGGAAAGCUGAGAUGGUCCUUAGAGCUUGGAUCCUCCCCUUCCGGCCUUGCCUCUGAGAUCCUGUUGUAUUUUAUUGCUUGCCUUCUCCACCCUGGAUGGGUCCCCAAAAUGUAACCUGGAUUUGGUGGAUGGGGCUAUGCCAUCUUUUUGCACUUCCAUACCUCAUUUCUCUUUCCCGCUGGCCGAAUGAUGUUCUCUUACGUUUCAAAGAGAGAGGCGAGAUCAGCCCUUCGGAGGCUCAGGGACCCCGUUUCCCCCACCCCAGCUCUGAAUAAUAGGAAAGACAAAAGGAUCUCUGCCCCCUUCCUCACCAUCCCUCCACCCUGCCACUUUGCAGGGGGGAAGUUGCUUCACCUUUUUGUGCCUCAGUUUUCCCCAUCUGUGAAAUGGGGGGUAAUAAUACUUAACCGACCACAUCAGCCUUUGGAAAGAGGCAUUGUGGGCUAAGAGAAUAGAGAAAGGCAAAGUAUCAUCAUCAUCAUCAUCAUCAUCAUCAUCAUCAUCAUUAUUAUUAUUUAAUACUUCUAUUGUUUGUUAAUUUAUUCGCAUCCCAUGGCUGCUCUUCAGUUAACCUUUGCCAGAAAAAAAAAUAGCUGAUGCUUCCCCAGACUUGCUCAACUUUGCAGAGUGUUUUGGGUUGCCUGUAGAUAACCUGGUGAGGAACUGUUUUAUCAACAGCGAUUAGAGACAAUGGCUGGAUAGAGCCUCCAUUUUCAAGAGUAGUUUACCUCCGGGUGACAGAAGAAUAGCUGUCGCUUCCCAGAACUUGGUGUGGGGUCGGAAGGGGGUUAGGGCACAGCUUUUCUCAGUUGCUGUCUACGUUCCUCCCCUACCUGCUCCGUUUUGCAACUUGCUUCUAAUUGCGUGUAGAUAAUCUGGGGAGAGAUUUUUUUAAAAAAAGGUUUCAUCAAUGACAAUUGGCUGUGAUUGCUUGGUAGAGAUUCCGUGUUAAGGGGGUGUCGGCUGCUGAAUGCCUGGAAGGGCUGUCUCUCCUUUAAUGGUCCUGCCCGUGUGCUUUACAACGGUGUCCAGAAGGUCAAAGUUGGAGUGAGAAUAUUGAACUAGAUAGACUGCAGUCGGGACCAACUGGACUAAGCCAAAAUCUCUGUAUAGAUUCUGCAGCACUUGCCUUCGGUUUAGUGGGUCAAACUCAUUUUGCAUAAGCAAGGGAGUGUUUGGAUUUCAAAUGCAUUCUGGGACGCCAGAAGCCAAAGUUGGGUAGACCACUGUGUUAGGAGCGAGGGACAUUUCAGGAAAUGGUCCACAAGCUUUUGAGGUGUCCCGGACGGACAUCAGGCAGAACCAAAGUUUGUUGUGUUGGGUGGAAACAAAUCUAGGCGUGAUGGGAAAGCCCCACCAUGCCUAACAGUGGGGCUUUCUCUGUCAUUAUAAUUAUAUAAUGAUUAGCCAUCAGUAUGUAAUUAUAAUUUGCAAGAUGAGAAAGCGAGGCGGGGUGUGUAUGUACUGGCAUGGUAAUGUCUCUGCCACUGAUUCUUAAGAGGAGUACGCGUCCUGGAAGGGGGGAUGGAUGGCGUUCCCCCACCCCGCCCCACCCCACCCUGUCUCUCUACCCUUUCAAAUUUUGGGGAGAGUUUUUCCUUUGUUUUUUGCCUCUCAGGUGCAAUCAAGCUCACCUGUGGGCCUCUGUUUUCCAUGGCAAUAAAUAAUUUUUCAAGCUGAAACAUAGAAACAUAGGCAGCUGCCAUAUACUGAGUCAGACCCUUGAUCCAUCUAGCUCAGUAUUGUCUGCUCAGACUGGCAGACGCCUGUGGGGAUCAAGCAGCCCUUUCGGGCCAUGGCAGCUUUUGGGCUGGGAUUAACCACUAAUUAACCACUAAUGCUGGCUUUUGUGGGUAUUCUUGGCGGACUUUGAGGAGAGAGGGAAAUGGCCCCAAAGAAUUGUUCUUUCUGUGCUGCUGUACAAAGAAUGAGAGGUCAAGUCCCUGCCCCAAGGUGAUUGCCAUCUAGAUGUUGCCACAAGAGAGACUGCAGAGGAGAAUGAAGACAGGGGUAAAUAAAACAUAAUAAUGUAUGAUUUCAGCACAAGAGAUCCCUGCCUCAAGGAAAUCGCAAUUUAGGGACCAUCACAUGCGAGACAACAGGGGGAGGCCAGGGAGAUGCGGUCAUUACAGGCAUGUGUAUUAGAGUUUAGUUUCAAUACGGGAUCUGUACUGAUUGUGACAGUGUGAGACUCCAAUUCUUUUGUGAGGAGCAGUGCAAAAUAUUGAUUAAGUGCCGUCAAGUUGGUGUCGACUCUUAGCCACCACCUAGAUAGAUUUUCUCCAGGAUGAUCUGUCUGUGCAGAAAUGUGCAGGAAUACUAAUGAACCACUAAUGCUGGAUCUCAGCCCAGCAUUUCCAAAUAAUGCUUCUUCCCCUUGUCUUAAACCGGUUCCCUAGUGAAGGAGGUUGUCCCAUGAAACACAGUCGACACGCCAGUAUUUUAAAGAUGCUCCGUGUGUGUGUGUGUGUGUGUGUGUGUGUGUGUGUGUGUGUGUGUGUGUGUGUGGUAUUUUUCGGUAUAAUGAACAGGAUUUGGGAGUGGCUUCUUAUUUAUUCCUCUAGAUAGGAGCCAUUCGACUGUCUCUCUGCUUAGGGAGAAAGGUUUUUAAUUCUCUGAUUCUGCACAGCGUAGAACGGGAGUGAAAUCGCUCUCUGGUGGCAGAGGCGGAGUGAAAGGAGGGGAAAUUGGAGAAAUGAGUCAUACAGAGAUGCGACAGCCUCCCUCCUUGAGGGCAGGGAACUGGGCUAGGGCAUUGCCUUGGGGGCUGUUGCCUGCUCCAGAUUCAGCAAGGCAGCCUGUAGAGGGUCUCUUUGUCUGAAAACCCACCUCCGUCCACCUAACACAACUCUGCUACCACCAAGCUCCAGUUCUCCUCGAAUCACCCUCGAGUCUCGCCUCUCCUGUAGCAGGUGGCAAUAAGGCAUGGGCGGGGUUUCACUCGCUGGUGAAAUGUAGGGCUUGAGUUUGUUCUAGAAAAAAUAUUCCUUAAAUCCUCAGUAUUUCAGUCGGGGUGGUGGUUAAAGAAUGGAGGGGAAAGGGGGAAAUAAAUCAUAUUAGCUGGCCCGGCUGCAGAGCAUCUGCACCUCUAGUUCUCCUUCGUUCUCGGCCCCCUCCCUCUUUCUCUCCCACCAAACUGGCCACUGGUUUGGCCGCACUUUCUCUGCCCCCACCCCCGCCAGCUGGCCUGGCCGCCACUUUCUCUCCCCGCCCGUCUGCCUGGCCAUUUGCCUUAUUUAAUUUUUAUUUGUUUGUUUGUUUAUUUAUUUAUUUAACACACUUGUAUACCGCCCCAAAAUGCAAGCCUCUGGGCAGUUUACAACAAAACGAUAAAAACAUCAGAUUAAAAAGAUUAAAACAUUGCAACAAUUAAAAUUUAAAAUGUUAAAAUACAAUUAAAACAAUAUCUAAUUAAAAGCCUGGGUGAACAAAUACGUCUUGACUGCCUUUUUGAAAGUUGUAAGAGAUGGGGAGGCGCUUAUUUCAGCAGGGAGUGUGCUAUCUUCUCCGUGGUCGACUUUCCUCUCCCCCUCCCCUUGCUUGCGAACUCUCGCGAUGGCUGCCACGCAUGGGAUUAGCAAUGGGUACGUCUAAGGGAAUUAUAUAGGUAGAUUCUCCUUUGCUGAAGACUAGGCCAAGGCCUGAGACUUCCUGAAGCCCUCUUGGAUGGAGCCCCUGAAAGCAGGCCUCCUCAAAUGGAGGUCCUCCUCAGCUGUUGCUGGACUACAGCUCCCAUCAUCCCCACCACAGUGGCCAAAGCCCAUUGUGGCAGGGCCUGAUGGGAUCUGUAGUCCAACAACAGCUGGGGAGGACCCCCGUUUGAGGACCCCUGACUCAAAAGCCCCAGGCCUGCAGCCACUUUGAUGGUCAAACGCAGCCAUGCCCCCUCCCAAGAAAAAUUGCGUUUGAAAAAGUCCUGUUAUUAAUCAUGCCGCCCCUAUAAAGGUGGCGGCAGCAGAGAACUUGGUGAGGCCGGGAGCUCUCUCCCCCUGCUCUGUGCAGGGGCUUCCUUUCUGGAGGAGGUCGUGGAGGGGGCAGGCAGCUGACCAGGCUCUGAGCCAUUCUUUAGGGGUCCGUGCCCCAUGGGCCAGCCUUGCUCAUGCCGCCCUUCCUUUUCAGCGCAGGGUUGGGUGCGCCGCCCUCCCUCCUCCACUCCCUCCUCCAUGCCCGCAGUAAGCCCGCCACCAUCCCACUUCGAAGAGCUUCCAUCAGCUGUGGCGAAACCCUGCGAGAUCCCGCUGGGCUUGCCUGGCACAGCCGCCUCAAUCGCCCUCCUGUAAUCAGCUGAGUUCUUGUGCCUUGCGCGUGUGCUCGCUCUCUCUCUCUCUCUCUCUCGGAGCCUCUGUGUUUGCCUGUGUCCGGUGCCGCCGGUGAGUGUUUGCGCGCCUGUCUGUGACUGUGUCUCGCCGUCCGGCCCCCGCGUCUGUGAAACUGUGUGUGUGUGUUCGCAUGUGCUGUGGAGUGCAGGCACCGCUGAGCGCAUAGAAACCACCUGGGUGUGGCAGGAGCAGAAGUGGGCUGGCUGCUGGAACUGGGUCAAACCCACCCUCUCUUUCCCACCGUGCUGGCGUCUCCCUUCCUGCUGGCAACUGGGCAUCAGAUUGGAGAAAUGAGAGGUGGGCGGGGCAAGAGGGUAGCUCCACCCGCUGGACCCCCACCACACUUGCUCAGAGCCACUCCGCCCUGGUCAGGCCCUUCCGGCGCCCGGGAUUUUGCCCGGUUUGCUAACCUAUGCUGUCAUGAGAGCUAGAAACUUGAAAUGAGAAACUAAGCUUCUAACCAUGCUGUGUGUGAGUGCAAUGGCAGAAGCACAAAAUAUAGCCCUCACUGUUACUCCCUUCCUUUCUAACUUCUGCUGAUUCUGGUUGAGGGUUUUAUGGUCGUUUGGAUGUAUCCGGAAGACAUUUAUAAUGUGGCAGAGAAGGGGGGCACAAGAAUUCUUGGGCUUUGGUCCCCGAUUCACUGGCUGAAAUAAAUAUGCAACUUGGGUGCAUGUUUUUAAUGAUGUUCCCUGGAAUUCCAGGGGUGUGUGGAUUUUGGAGGUCUGGGUAUAAAGGGUGCGUGCUGCUGUUUGAACAGAGUUUGGAAUUGCUACGAGUUUGUCUGAGGGGCCGAUGUGAUGGAAGGUCAAGGAAUACAUCUUUGGCGUGGUGGGGAGGGAGUCCCAUGACUGUGUGCCAGACACCCUUCCUCUCCACUAUUUUGGUUGGAAAAAGACCCUCUCUACAUUCUUCCAGGCAACCAUGAUGCCUAGAAACUUGAGGUUUAAAAGCAAGCGGAGAUGCUGUUUUUGUGACUGUGUGUACUGCUUGUCUUACAGGGAAGACCUGAGUUUUUGCAAGGAGAAAUCCAAAAUGGGAGAGGGGUGUGUGUGUGUGUGUGUGUGUCUUUGUGUUCUAGCCUUAACCCCCACUCCCCAUCAAGAGGGAAUGCCUUCCACAAAAUGAACAUUUAAGCCCCCCCCCUGUCCAACCAGGCUUGGUCCCUAAGAACAAGGCAUUUGUCCCAAAAUCUAGCUUCGUGAAAAGGUUUUUUGCUGCUGGGUCCAGAGAGAUUCCUGUUAGGUGCAAAGCCAAGUAGCCUAGUACAACCCCUUUUCCCUUCUGAUUUUUGCAGUUUCCUAAGGUUUUGAGACCCAUGAUUUCCUGGCUGCCUCCAGCCCCCACUGAGAACUAAUGACUUGAACUUUCAAGAAAAGCACGAGUCUACAAAUGAAGAAAGGCUAGAGGCAAAUGAAGGCACUGGAGUUCGGACCUUUUGGGGUGUGUGCGUGUGUUCUUGGACGCACGGAGGGUCACAUUGCAAAAACAAGUGAAUAGAAUAAGCAGAGAGGGUCUCAGAGCAUUGGCUGGGUUCUUCCUUUCCCCUUGCAGUAAGGAAGGCAGAAGGUUAAGCACCUCCUUUCUGCUGCUCCUUGGCUAUGAAUUGUUCCCUUGGGCACUGGGCACUGCUUUGCCCCAGGGCUUGUAUGGCACCCACUGGCACACAACUUGGAUUCCUAAGCUUGGAAGAUUAACUUCUAGAGUCUGGCGGGGACAGGGCUGAACCCUGCCCAAGUCGAAAAAUAGAGACCUCUUUUUGUGUGUGUGUGUGUGUGUGUUGGUGAGUGAUCUGGUAUCUUGAUGGAAAUGAGGUGCGUUUCAGAGGAACCCCUCGCAGUAGUAUCCCUCGCCAACCUUGCGCCUUGGUGUUGAAUGUAAAACCGGUUUCUGGCUAAAUUGACCAAAUGUUUGGGAAGGGGGAGACGGUUGGAUUCUGCCCACUGAAACUGGCUGCUUUUUGUCCCUCGGACGAGCUCCACCUUUUCAUCCGGAACCAUCCUGUGUAAUAAAACAUGGCAGAACUGA